AACAAGUACCUGAGCGAUGAUCUCAUCCUAUAUGUCGUAAAAUAUGUUGAUUUUAUUUAUUUUAAGUGUGUUUCAUUGUAUGUACCAUGAUUUUGUCGAUUUUAUCGUUAAAUUUUUUAAUGAAUGUAUCAAAUAUAACUCAUUUGCUUAUAUAAUUAAAGGGCUUGUACCUUCCACUCGAACGACAGAACCGUUGGAUGGCAACAACAAACUUGGUUGACUGUCGAACAUCCGUAAGGACAUAUACUUUUAGGUUUCAUCACGCCUCUCUAUGAUUUUACAUCUAAUAUGUCGGAAAAGUCUAUAAGACAAGACUUUCCUAUACACUGGCUUGUAUGGCACAAUGAAUUCCGUAGCCUUGAUCAAGAAUUGAGUAAGAAUGACACAGAGAUUCAUCUAGAAAAAUUAGACCCUAGAGGUCGUACUCCACUUCAUCUUUCUGUGACUUUGGGUCAUAUAGAAAGUGCCCGAGUACUGCUGAGGAAAGGGGCAAAUGCAAAUGCUGAAAAUAAACAGAAUUGGACUGUACUUCAAGAAGCAGUAAGUACAGGGGAUCCAGAACUAGUUCAGUUGAUUCUCCAGCACAGGGACUUCCAAAGAUUUACAACCAGGACAGAAGGAAUUCCUGGGCUUCUUGAGACACUAAAAGAGGCUCCAGACUUUUAUGUAGAGAUGAGGUGGGAAUUUGCAAGCUGGGUACCCCUAGUAUCUCGCAUGUGCCCGAGUGACACAUACAAAGUAUAUAAAAGUGGUGCUAAUGUGCGCAUAGACACAACCCUUCUGGGUUUUGAUAACAUGAGCUGGCAGAGAGGCAGUCGCAGCUUUAUAUUUAGAGGACAGCACAAUGAAGCCACAGUAAUGGAGGUGGACCAUGACAUCCGUCAGGUGUACACGGAGACCAUGCGUGUGCUGCCAUCCCCUCCAGACCCCACUGCAUUGACCCCCUCAGAGGACGCCGUGGUGUCUAGACUGACCUCUCCUAUAGUCACCACUUACUUAGAUACUCACAAGAUUGCUUUUGAGAGAAAUAAAACUGGAAUUUGGGGCUGGAGGAGUGAUAAAGUGGAAAAUGUUAAUGGUUAUGAAUGCAAGGUCUUUAGUGCCACUAAUGUAGAGGUCUUGACUAAGACAAGAACAGAACACUUGACUGAAGAAGACAAGAAGGAAACCAAAAAGCUGAGUAGAACGCCACUAGAAUCCUUUCUAGGCAUGGCUGAGAUAGAGAAUAGUAAAGCACAGGGGGCUACAAAUGGGGAUGUGACAACACAGAGUAACAACCCGUGCUCUAUAUCUCCCCUUGAGUAUUUUAAUUCCAUGAUAGAUCUACAAGGAAAAGACAUAGGCAGACCAAAGGAGCAAAGUGUCAAAGUGCAGAAAUUUAAAGCCACACUGUCCUUGUGCGAGUCGUUCCCAUUGUCUCUACAGGAGCAAGUUGUGCCCAUCAUUGAUAUAAUGGCACAAAAUAAUGCACAUUUUAAGAAACUCAAAGACUUCAUUACAUUGACACUUCCUGCAGGGUUCCCAGUCAAAAUAGAGAUUCCUCUGUUCCAUGUGUUAAAUGCGAAGAUUACCUUUGGUAACAUCUAUGCCAACACAGAGGCAGUUCCUGGUGUAACGUCCAUAAAAGAUACCAGUCCCAUGACUUGUGUUGUAGAUGAAAGUGUGUUUGAUGUACCCCCUGGCUAUGUCAUUCAAGGAGAAGGACACAUGGACAACAGAUAUCAAGAUGAAGAUGAUGCUUUGUUGCAGUUUGCAAUUCAACAGAGUUUAUUAGAAUCAGGUUCAGAAAAUGAUCAGGUAACUUUCUAUGAAGCCUUAAUGAAGAGCCCCCCUGGCCCUACAGCUGGUUAUAAAACUCUGGAAGAAAGACAACUGCAAAGAGCCCUUGCUGCAAGUCUAUCUAUCAGUCACCAACCAGGGGAAUCUUUAAGCCAGGAUUCUGUGCCAGAGGAGGACAUAUGUAGACCGUACCCCAGAACACAGCCUGAAGACCCUAUGGACCAGCAGCUACGCCUAGCCCUAGAAAUGUCCCAGAAGCAACAGGCUGAGGAUGAGAGGAGAAGAAUGCAAGAAGACGAGGAGCUACAAAGAAUACUACAGCUGUCCAUGACUGAAAAAUGAAACUCAUAACUUAUACAUGUACAGAAAGUUGUGUUGGUAAGAGAUGAUUAACUAAAUGCUUUGGAACAAGGUGACAGUUGCAACUUGGCUAGAGCAUGUUUGGAUGGUUUAAAAAUGCUUAUCCUGGACUUGGAGGAAAAUGCUGCUGAUAAAAGAACAGAAACUUUAUUUAUUUGUGAUUUACUGUUUCUCUUGAAUUUGCAGCAGAAGUAAAGCUGGUCAUUGGAAAUAGCAGUCGGUAAUGAUGAAGAUCUGCCAGAAGCUGUAGUGCAAUAUUUCACAUUAUGAAAGUGGUAAAAGCCAUAAAUAACGAGUGUUCCAGAGUAGAAAAAAUCAACUUGUUUGCAUGAAUUGACAGUCUGUGUCCUUAAUGCUUUUGAAGUUACAACGUAAAUCAACUUUCAUUUACCACAUCAGAAUAAGAAGUAAAUUAUUGUACAAAAAUUUGUGAUAUUUAGACAUUUUAUUGAUGGAAUGUUGAAUGCUGCUAAAAAAAGGGAACUAAGGAGGAGAGAGACAUGAAAGGAACCAUAUCAACCGCAUAUAAUCCAGAAUAUGUUGUCAAAUGAGUAUUCUUAUUGUAGAUCAGUAAAUGUAGAUGGCAUUAUCUAAUCCAUACACUGACAUUGCACUUCAAAUUAUUAAUGUUAAUCAGCCUGGCAACCUUCAACAUGCACUUAAGGUUGAAAUUUAUACCAAAAUAACAUAUUCUAGGGAGGCACAAUAUCCCUAUGAUGCCCAAAUAUAGGUAUGAGUAUCCGCAUCUAGCACAAUAAAUGUAAACACUUCUCUGUCUUCCCAUUACUUUUGAUGGGGGAAUAGGGGCUGCCAUAGCAUGCAAAGGGAAACAGAAUUGAAGACCACAAGGUUACCUGCAACAUUUUAAUAACAUAGCAUGAAUGCAUACAUACAGUACCUGUUGAUUGUGACCAGGCCCUGAUGUCUGUAGGUGUAAUGUGCCAUAAAAUAAAGUAAAAUG